CCCGAAACCUACAAAACAGCAACACUCACCUCAACCCCUUCACGACUCCGGUCGACACCUCGAUCCCCAUGUCUCGCAGACACACAUGGCCGGAUGAGCGCCCUUCUCCUCAACCGCUCGCUCGGCGCCAUCAAACCCUUCGAGCUACAGCGGUCCGAGACAACACGGCAGCUAUACGCAAUCCAGCCGGCCAAUGUCUACUUCAAAGGGCAGAACACCAGUAGCAUCACCAAAGAGCAAGGCAUCCAGAGGCGCGACCACAACAAUGACGACGACGAGCCCAUCCCCGCGCACCCCGCAGGCGUCAACACCAUCGCAAUAGACCGCUUCGAAGGCAAAUACCUCCUCUCCGGCGGCGCAGACUCCAGCAUCGCAAUAUGGGACCUCGAGGACAACAACAACGCCCACAGCACCAAACACAACAGCACCACCACCACCACCCUCCACCACCCCGCCGGCCACGUCCACCGCAGCACACCCACCCACAAGCCCGGCAUAACCCACCUCUCCUUCUACGCCUUCGACUCCGCCGCCUUCCUCAGCUCCUCCUACGACCACACCCUCAAGAUCUACGACGCCGAAGCCCUCACCCCCUCCGCCUCCUUCAACCUCGAAGCAGCCGUCUACUCGCACGCGAUGUCGCCCAUCGGAACACACCUCACCGUCGCCUGCGCAACCCAGCACCCCGCCAUCCGCCUCGUCGAUCUCCGCUCCGCAGCCUGCUCGCACGCCCUCGCGGCCGGCCACUCCGCCGGCGCCGCAGUCCUCUCCCUCGCCUGGUGUCCCGUGGCUGAACACACGCUCGCUAGCGCCGGCGCAGACGGCACAAUCCGCUUCUGGGAUAUUCGCCGCUCUGCCGCCGCCCUCGCCGUGCUCGACAUGCAUGAUUCUCAGGGCGUUGUCGGCGGCGGUUCCAGCCCCAAUCGCACCCGCACCCGCAAUCCAAUCCACGCCCGCGCCCACCUCGGCCCCGCAAACGGCAUCUGCUGGACCGACGACGGACAGCAUCUCAUCAGCGUAGGCCACGACGAUCGCAUCCGCGUCUGGGACGUGCGGCGCGGCGCAAACACGCUCGUCAAUUUCGGACCGCUUGUGCGGAAUAAUAGCAAUGCUGGCGGCGGCAGAAGCUCUGCCACGCUCCUCCCCUUGCUCUCCCCGCCCUCGCUUACCCCCGCCGGCAAGGAGUUGCUUUUCUAUCCUAAUCCCAACGAGAUUCUGGUGUUUGAUUUGUUUGAGGGUGAGUUGGUCAAGAGGCUUCGGGUGUCGUCGUCUUCGUCGAUGUUGUCGUCGGGUAGGGAGAUGGGGAUGGGGAGGGGAGGCUUGAUGGGUAUGAGGAAGAAAGGUGGUCUUGGUGGUAUUGGUGGAAUUGGUGUGGAACAAGCCCGCAGAUCGCGCACGACGGCGCUGGCGUGGAAGUAUCAUGACGUUGGGUUCUACUCUGCGCAUGCGGAUGGGAGUAUUCGGGCGUGGAUGCCGCGGUCGAGUGCGGAUGCGGAGGCGGAUGAGGAGGAGGAGUGGGGGGAAGAGGGUGAAGGGGGUAGUGGUGGUGGUGGUGGUGGUGGUGGGAAUUGGAAUGGGAAGGGGAAUGGGAAGAGAAAGGCAGAUGUGCUGGAUGAUAUUGUGGAGGGGCUGACGAGGCGGACUGUCACGUUUGCGUAG